UGAACACAACAGUUUCCAUUCAUUCAAUAAUUUAUUAAUUAAAAACCGACAUAAAUCUACAGUUUUUUGCAUUAACAAAGAAAUUUAAAAUAUAACUGAACUGAAAGAAAAUAUGUGCCGAGUUAGUUCCAUCUAGUGGACACGCAAUUAGUUGAAAUACCUACUUCGACUUUUUUCAUAUAACUGAUAGUGAACAUUACCUCAUGUUACAAGGCCGUUUAGAACAGUAUUAUAGUGCUAUCAACGCUACAGUUAAUACGUCUUUGAGAAAUUUUCAAACCAAUCCUCUAAAAUACUUAAAAAGUUGUGUGUGUCAUCUCAUCUGCGGACUCUGAAUUAGUUCUUACAUUUAACUAAAGACUGAAAGUUUAAAGAAACAAUGUUGAAAUCAGCAUCUAAAAUCACCAUAAACACAGGAAACGUCUUAAACUUGAUUGAUAUCAAAAAGAAGGCUGGGCAAAACGUUACUGAAGAGCUAUCGGAAAGCAUAAAACUAACGCUAUCAGAGUGGGGCACACAGAACGGACCGACACAGAACGGUAUUUCAAAACACGAGGUGUCAGAACAGUCUUCUGACUACAUGGUGGUCUCGACCUCGAAGGACGCGGUGAUCAACAUCACGAGACCGCACGAUGACGCCCACAACAAAAUGGCCGAGGAGGAGAGGAAAAACCUGAAAAUCGGCGUCAAAAUAUUCAUAAACGAGGACAGCGAGGCUUCGUUGACGGAGUGCUUGGAAAAUGUGUUUGCAGCGCUGCGGGCGGAUCGCAUAGACAACGUUAUCCUUGCGUACAACCCCGACGUGCCGCCACGGGACGACGCUCAGGACGACGUCAACGGCAAAGUGGCCAACAACGUCACCGGACGCGUGUCGAGCGAGGAGGCGGACAGCGAGGCGGAUGCGCGCAAGUGCGAGGCAAUCCUGCCCGGCAUCAAGGUGCUGUGGGCGGUGCUCGAGAAAUACGAGCAGGAAGGUCGCGUGCAGCAGUUAGGCGUGGCGGACGUGGGCGGUGGGUGUCUGCGGCGGCUGCACGCGUGGGCGCGUGUCAAGCCCACCAUCGCGCAGAUCGGGCUGGCGUCGUGCUGCGUCGUGCCGCCCGCGCUGCACGCCUUCUGCCGCGCCAACGACGUGCAGCUGCUCACACACGCCGAUCCCCCCGAUCUACUGUCAGUGGCCGCUGUGAAGACACUCUCCGACGCGGGCGUGGUGGGUGCGCGGCUGGACUGGUGCGCGCGGUACCAAGUUCACAUCAAGUGUAGAGGAGUUCUCGCGCUGAAGGGCUACGUCUGCAAGGCCUCCGUGAAAAACGAUUAGUUGCAACUGACUAGUAAUAUAAAAUACGCCAUGUUGCUAGGGUCAAACUGAUUACGAUAAAGAUGGCGAAGAUCUAAAUUAAAAUUGUAAGGUUUUAUAUUUUAACAUGGCUGUGAACCGAUGGGUGUAAGGCCGCGCUCGAUUAUGGCAAAGACAUUUGGUAAUAGGCGAGCUUCAAGCUGUAUUGGCCUUACCCGUUAAAACUUUAGACAGUUGGAAUUUCCGCAAAUAUUUGGUUGCAUGUCUUAAAAAUAUUUAAAUAAAUACUUAUACUAACAAGUGCAUCAUAUAAAUAACUACUAAUUCUAUACAACUAUCGUACGUAAUAUUUAUUAUUACUGUAAUAUUUAAAUGUGUUGCGAAAAUGGAUUUCACCGAAACGCUGUAAGCCAGAUGCUUUGAUUGGCCGUUAUUCUUGGGACUGCCAUUGGUGCUAUAUUGUUUACGCACGAGCGUGAUUUUUUUUUUGGUUUUUUCACUAAUACACUGAUGUUUUAGACAAAUAUAGCUCAGUUAUCAUCAAUAUUAUGGUUGCACCAUAACCUGUAACUUCUAAUAAUUAGUUUAAUACAGCUAAUAACUAUACAAAGUUUGCUUGGAUUUGUCUGUAUAUUAGAAAAGUUACUUGACGUUUUAUAUUACUAGUGGUUCUGACAUAUUUAUUUAUUAGUAUUGAACGAUCUGUACUUAUUUAAUAGACUAUUUACAACAGUAAAAAUAUAUUGAAAGUGUAUAUUAAAUUAUGUUAAUUGUUAACGAAAAUAUACUGGCGAUUACUUA